AUUUAAUAAUGGCAACUCCUCAGUUACACUUGAUUGGAGAGAUAAAAUCGGCUAAAAACUUUGAAAGUAACAGACUCUUCUGCAAAUGGGAGUUCAAAUAUGGAAAACAUCUCACAGUAAUUGAUGGCAAUACUGAGGGAGAAACAUUUGAAGAGGAGAAGCCUGAUAAGGAAACAGCCUUCUAUUUCGACCACCCUUUUGACAUCCACUUCAAAGUUGAAUCGAUGCGAGGAUGGCCUAAAGUAGUCGUAGAAGUAUGGGAAGUAGCUGAUGAUGGUAAGUACUUCAUCGCUGGAUACGGCACAGGAACGAUUCCAUGAUCUCCAGGCUCUCAUAAUAUUGAGAUUAAAUGAUGGCGCCCGAAAGAUCAAACAUGGUACGGGUAUUUAAGAGAGAGUCUUCUGGGAGUUAGGUCAGAACUUGCUACAAAAGAAAUGCUACUCUCUUCUAUGGAGAGAAAUCUAUUUGAGUCAGAGACUACAGGAUCAAUCACUGUUGAUAUUGGGAUUAUUGCCAAAGACUUCGAGCUUUACGGGAUCAAACUAUCAUAAUUUGUGCAAAUUUUCAAUUUCAAAU